GUGUUAAUCAAUCGCAACCAAUACAGUUGAAAAGCUCAAAAUAUUAGAAACAAAACCAAACUUUACUUUACCCCAACAAAAUGAGAUCAUUCAAGAUUUUGUUUAUUACAUUUGUGUCCUUAAUCGUGGCAUCAAUUGCCUUCGAUCCAUCAAGGAUAGCUCAAGAAGGCAAGGAAGGAAUUGAAGAUAGUAAUGCUGGCGUUCCUGCAAUUCCCAAAGAACAAGAUCAGUUGGUGAUGAUGGAUAUUGAAGUUGGGGACGAAAAUGCUGAUGCAAAGGAUGAGCCUCUUCAAAGGAUAAAGUGUACAGCAAGUACAUGCACACAAAUCUGUCGGAUUUUGAAAUAUAAAUGUGGAUAUUGUGCUAGUGCGAGUCGCUGCGUAUGUUUGAAGUGAAACAUUUUUUUUUUUAAAUAAAUUCAUAAGAAAAUAAACUUUUUUAGAUAAAUUCAAAUUUUUA